AUGCACUUACUGAGUUUGCUACUAUUGACGACUUUGGCUGUUGCCAAGCAGCCUAAUAUUCUCUUCAUUUUAACAGAUGAUCAGGGUAAAUAUGUGGGUGGUUUAGAACACAUGCCCAAGCUGCAGGAAACCCUCGUUCAACAAGGAACAAGCUACUCUAAACACUUCUGCUCAAUCGCACUAUGCUGUCCCUCCCGAGCCAACCUCUGGACCGGCCGCAUGCCGCACAACACCAACGUAACAGAUGUCGGCCUUCCCUACGGCGGCUAUCCAAAAGUCGUCUCAGCCGGAUGGAACGAUAACUACCUCCCACUCUGGAUGCAAGAAGCAGGCUACAACACAUACUACGUGGGCAAGAUGUGGAACGCCCACACAGAAGACAACUACAACGAUCCCUACGUGCGAGGAUUCAACGGCUCCGACUUCCUCCUAGAUCCAUACACGUAUCGAUACUGGUACGCGCGGAUGACGCGCAACGGGGCAGUGCCGGUCAAGUACGACGGGAAGUACUCGACGGACGUGAUCGGAGAAAAAGCAGAAGAUUUCAUCGACGAGGCAGUUAAACACGAACAGCCGUGGAUGCUGACAGUUGCACCAAACGCGCCGCACUCGAAUGGGUCUCAUGAUUCUUCACGGAACGCGAACUGGUUCGGUGAGCCGGAGUUUGCGCCGCGACAUGCGGAUUUGUUUAAGGAUAUGCGGGCGCCGCGUGAUGAGAGCUUUAAUACGCUGAUUGAGGAUGCAGUUAGCUGGGUGCAGAAUGUGCCCGAGUUGAAUCAGACGCAUAUUGAUUAUAUUGAUGAGUUCCAACGGUGUCGGCUGCGGGCUUUGCGGGCUGUUGAUGAGAUGAUUGGGAAGCUGGUUGAGAAGUUGGAGAAAGUUGGAGAAUUGGAUAAUACUUAUAUCUUCUUUUCGACAGAUAAUGGGUAUCAUCUGGGUCAGCAUCGGAUGCAGCCUGGCAAGAACUGUGGUUAUGAAACCGAUAUCAACAUCCCUCUCAUCAUCCGAGGCCCUGGUAUCGAUAAGAAUCAGACUCUGGAUACUAUCACUUCUCAUACGGAUCUAGCUCCUACUUUCUUAAAUAUAGCAGGGGCGACUCGAGAUGGAUUGGAUGGCAAGAAGAUUCCUACUACCAUUGCCGCCAGCACGGCGGACAAUAGGACCGAGCAUGUUGCCAUUGAGUACUGGGGACUGGCUGUACCAGAAGGAAUCUACGGGUAUGCCAGCGACAAGCUCGGCCAAACACAUAACAGCUACCAGAAAAACACAUACAAGGGUAUUCGACUAGUUGCCGAUGACUAUAGUCUAUACUAUGCAGUAUGGUGCACAAACGAGAAGGAAUUCUUCGAUCUGAAGAGCGACCCCCAUCAAACCGUGAACCUAGGAACGCACCCAGCCAAACACACCUACAGGAUUGCAAAUCGCGAGCUUCCACAAAUAAUAGCGAGGCUAGACGCAUUGAUGCUUGUGCUCAAAUCUUGUGAAGGCGAUGCAUGUCGAUACCCCUGGAAGCAGCUGCAUCCAGCCGGCAAAGUGAACAGUCUUGCCGAUGCGCUGGAUUUCGGCUUCGAUACCUUUUACGAGAAUCAGCCGAAGGUUUCGUUCUCGUCUUGUCAGAGUGGGUAUAUUAUUUCCGCGGAGGGGCCACAGAAGUUCAAUGCCUAUGAGGCCAAUUCGAAGAGGGGAUGGGGAUUGGAUGGGUUGUUUGGGUGGUGA